GGGAGGAGCCUGGAGGCCCCGGAGCCUGGCUUCCUCUGAGGCCAGGAGAGCCGAGGGCUCGGCUGGAACGUUGUCGUAGUUAUCAUCAUCCUGCGGCAAUAGCUCCACCAUCCCAUUAGGAGAAAAGUUGCUGUUCAGUCCAUGAAGACGUAUGCCAUAAAAGAGUAGGAGACACUCCCAGGGAGUUGCGGUGCCCAUUUGGACUUUCACAGAGAUGGCAGCAAAGGCGGCAUCAUCGAGAGCUACCGAGCCUUGGUCUUCUCAUCCAGUAUAUGCAAGAUACUGGCAACAUUAUCAUCAAGCAAUGGCUUGGAUGCGAAGCCACCAGAACGCCUAUAGGAAGGCCGUAGAAUCUUAUUUCAGUACCCCGUGGUACUCCCCUCCCGCAGCUCUUGCCCAAAGCUCUUAUGCUAACGAGAGUGGAUCUCCUCAGUCCUUCUAUGACCAUCAUUCGGCCUCCCAGGACUCCUGCUGCGGUUAUUUGCAUGCUGGAAGAUCUGGGCAGCAUCUGUAUGACAGCACAAGAGAAGACCAAGCUUGGUCCGCAGAGGAGGAGAUGGAGACCGAGUCAGAUGGGGGCGUAGAAUGCGACGUGAGCAACAUGGAGAUCACCGAGGAGCUCCGCCAGUACUUUGCAGAGACCGAGAGGCACAGGGAAGAGCGACGGCGGCAGCAGCAGCUGGAGGCGGCGCGCCUGGCCGACUAUGUGAACGCCGACCACGACCUGUGCUACAACCCGCGCCGCUCCGGGGAGCCCCCGGCCGAGCGGCCCGGCGAGCGGCGCCAGGCCGAGAUGCAGCGGCUCUACGGCGACAGCGCCGCCAAGAUCCAGGCCAUGGAGGCGGCUGUGCAGCUGAGCUUUGACAAGCACUGUGACAGGAAGCAGCCCAAAUACUGGCCGGUCAUUCCGCUCAAGUUCUGAGGCCCGGGCCCCAGCCAUCAGCCCCUGCCUUUUGGAUUCCCUCUCUUCUCUCCUUCUGUGCGUUUUCUCAGGAAAGAGACAUGAGUACGUCCACCAAAGUCCCAGUGGGCCCCUCGGAGGGGUGGGAGGGAGCAUGUCAGCCACUUGGAAGUUGGCAGGACGUGUACUGUUCCAACCUGAGAGAGUUUCUUUUGACAUAAAGUGAGAAUUUCACAUAAGUCAUGCUGGUUUGUGAUGUCAAGAAUAAUGUUCAUUCAUUAAAGUUCUCGAAGAUACUGCCUA